AUGUUUUUCCGAGAGAAGAUCAUGCAGGCGGGGCUGAGGCGGGAUGAUCCGGCGCAGAGCGGAGACAGGCGCACCAGACGGCGCACUCCAGACGAGUGCGGAGCAGGCAGGACCGAAGACGCAAUGAUUUUCCGAGAGGAGAUCGUGACGGUGGGGCUGCGGUGGGACGAUCACGCGAAGCUACCGGCUUCCUUCUUCCAUCUAACGGCUCUGCACACCCUUGUUCUAACAGACGCGUCCGCGUUAGAAGCUCCUGAUCUGGCGAAUCUCACUUCCCUCACCACGCUCCUGAUUGCAUCUCUGAAACUCACGUGCGAGCAGCUCUCCAGCCUCGUUUACCUGCGCAGCCUCACCAGCAUCUCCAUCUCGCAAGUAACGCAAGUUGACCACUCUGCUGCUCUCCCCAUCGCACAGCUUUCGAAAUUAAAGUCGCUGGAAUUCGCGGGAUGCUGUCCCGACUUGUUCCCGUCAGGAGAGCCGAGCAGCAGCGUCGAGCGGCUGCUGAUCUCCCAGUUUAAAGACGUGGAUCUUCCUGACGACAUUGCACAGCUGCUGCCGCGCCUUCGGGAACUCUCCAUCCGCGAGUGCGAUAGGUUUUCUGAGCUGCCUGAGGACUUCACUUCCCUCAGCAAUCUGGAGACUUUGAUUAUCUCCACCUGCGAGUAUUUCCGCAGCCUGCCCGAGAAUUUCGGGCAGCUGCCUGUUCUGAAGACUUUGGUGCUGGACGGGCUGCAUAUCCAUCUCUCCGUGCUGCUGAAUUUAAGGAGAUUGACUCUGAAGCUGGAGGGCACAGGACAAGGAGCAGCCGGAACCACCACCAUCAGCAGCAGCAGCAGCAGCAGCAGCAUCAGCAGCUCACCGCAUCUGAAACAUCUGGAAAAUGUGGAGUAUCUGGAUCUAUCCAUUGGAGAGGCCGUUGAGCGGUUUCCAUUCCCUCGGUUUCCGUUCCCGCAGCUUCGAUUCUUGAAGAUCUCGUUCGCGAAACUGAUUCAGAAGCUUCCAAGCGACCUCGGGUGCGACCUGCGGCAGCUACGGCAGCUGCGGCUGCACAUCACCAAGGGGUUGAUUGAGCUGCCAGAGACCAUCACGCUGCUCCGGCACCUCACAUCGCUGGACGUGGAGUGGGCUUCCCAGCUAGCCUCACUCCCGGAUGGCAUGGGUGCCUUAUCCAGGCUGAGGAGGCUGCGCCUGUGCCACUGCUCAGUGCUGCAGCACCUCCCCGCCUCCCUCACCCGCCUCUCGUGUUUUCACGAGCUGAACGCGGAGGAAACAUGCAUCCGCGCCCUUCCUCCCGGCAUUGCGCAGCUGACCAGGCUGAGGUGUCUUAACUUGGGCGAGUGCAAGCAGCUGCAGGUGCUGCCAGAGGGGUUGACCGACCUCAAGAUGCUGCGGUUCUUAGGGGUGAAGGGGAGUGAGACCGCGAUUGACAGUGUGAGCAAGGAGCAGGAACGUGGCUUUAAUAGAAUGUAUGACUUGAGGACAGACGUUGCUGGCGAGUAG